UUAUGAGGAUGUUAUUGAAUGCACAAAAGGGUUAAACAACCCAAAGUCAGAAAUAAAAACAGCAUUUAUUGGUCUUCACAAUCACACACAGCAUAAUUUAUGUUGGUUACCCUGACAACAUUAAGCUUAACCAAGGUCAUGAUCCUGUAUCCGCUCAGUAAGAGCAAAAAACUGGAACCAGUUGUUCUACAUGUGAAAUAGAGACAUCAGCUUUACUGCUUGAGGUGCCAAGUGGUUAAUAACACCAUACUGAAUCAGACUGAAUUACUGCCUCUACUUAUUAAAUUGACUGAUUAACUUUAUACACUUAAAUCUAAACUGAAACUUAUUUUUGUGCUUUCUACAUGUCAGAAAUGUAAAAAGGUAAAUCCACCCCCAGGCUGUAAUUUUAUUAAUCCAUUAAUCAUUUUAUUAAUCUACAUUUAAGCAUGAUCAUGGUAUCAGGAGUUGAGUCGUUUCCACUGUAAUGCUGGUUACUCUUAGCAUUAACUAUAACUUGAUAGUUACUAUAUUACCUACCUUUGGGUCGUGGGUAAAGUAAAAGCAUGGGGACAACUUCAUCUUGGUUACUUGAUCCACUUUAAUGUCCGUUUCAACAGUAGGACAACUCAACACUCCUUUAUAUCAUAUCACUCCGCCAAUCUUAACCAUUGGUAAUUCCAAUUCCUAUUCCAGGUAACAUGCAUCUUAUGUAGUUCCUCAUCUGCAUUGCAGAACAGAAUACAGAUAUGCUUAUAUAUUAUCUUAUAUAUGACGGCUCUAUUGAGCCACAUAUCCCCAUAAACUUAAAGAGCAAUGACUUUAUGAGCUUCUUUUAUAAUAAAAUUAUUACUAUUAGAGAGAAAAUUAAUCACCAACUGCCAUCAACAGUUAUCAGUGGCUCUCCAAGUUCAGGAACUUUAACUAAUGUAAACUUAGAUAUAUAUUUAGACUGUUUUUCUGUUAUCGAUCUUCAUCAGUUAACUUCAAUAAUUUCUACAUCGAAGCCAUCAACCUGUCUAUUAGACCCGAUCCCAACUAGGCUGCUUAAAGAAGUCAUACCCUUAAUUGGCACUUCUUUACUGGAUAUGAUUAAUCUUUCUUUAUUAUCAGGAUAUGUACCACAGUCCUUUAAAGUAGCUGUAAUUAAACCCCUUCUUAAAAAGCCCACUCUUGAUCCAGGGGUUUUAGCCAACUAUAGACCGAUCUCUAACCUCCCCUUCCUCUCUAAGAUUCUGGAGAAAGUAGUCGCCAAAGAGUUGUGUGACUUUCUAAAUAACAAUAGUUUAUUUGAGGAUUUUCAGUCAGGAUUUAGAGUUCAUCACAGCACAGAGACAGCUCUGGUUAAAGUUAAUAAUGACCUUUUGAUUGCUUCAGACAAUGGACUUGUCUCUGUACUUGUAUUAUUAGAUCUUAGUGCUGCAUUUGACACCAUUGACCAUGACAUUCUUUUACUUGACUUGAGCAUCAAAUUGGCAUUAAAGGAACCGCUCUAAGCUGGUUUAAGUCAUAUUUAUCAGAUCGUUCGCAGUUUGUACAUGUUAACGAUGAAUCUUCAAUAAAUACUACAGUUGGGCUGCAGUCCUGUAUAUCUUGCAGAGAGCAACAUUUCUCCCACUCGGCUGCAUGCCUCUUCUUGAGGUGCUGGAAUAAAUUUGUCGUUCUGCUACCUUUGGUUGCAACAGCUUUCAAACAAACUUUGCAGUGGGUCGUGGUUUGUUCGCUGUUGGACGCCACAAAACCAAACCAGACGACACUGUGCCUUUUUUGGGGACGAGCUCAUCCUGGCUUGCUGCCGUGUUGUGUUUCUCUGUGGAGAGGCAGGGGGAGGGGUCAGCACACUCUGACCUACAGGAGCCCAAAGGGAGCGCCGGUGUUGUGGAAGUUCAAGAGAAAACCGAUUUUAACUAAAAAUAAAUCGUGUUUAACUACGAAUUUUGAAUUAAUCAAUAAAAUCGAUUUAUCGCCCAGCCCUAGGUUGCCCCAAUAAGUCCAUUAAAACGCUCCAAUUAAUUCAAAACGCUGCAGCACGAGUACUGACAGGAACUAGAAAAAGAGAUCACAUCUCUCCUGUACUAGCUUCUCUGCACUGGCUCCCUGUAAAAUUUAGAAUAGAAUUUAAAAUUCUCACCUAUAAAGCUCUUCAUGGUCAGGCCCCUUCAUAUCUUAAAGAGCACAUAGUACCCUAUUACCCCUCUAGAACACUACGUUAUCUGAAUGCAGGGCUACUUAUGGUUCCUAUAGUCUCUAAAAGUAGAACAGGAGCCAGAGCCUUCAGUUACCAAGCUCCUCUCCUGUGGAAUCAGCUUCCAGUUGUGGUUCGGGAGGCAGACACCCUCUCCACAUUCAAGAGUAGGCUUAAGACAUUCCUCUUUGAUAAAGCUUAUAGUUAGGGCUUGAUCAGGUGAGUCCUGAACCAUCCCUUAGUUAUGCUGCUAUAGGCCUAGACUAUCGGGGGAUUUCCCAUGAUGCACUGAGCUCCUCUCUUCCUCUCUCUUUCUGAACUCAUUCAUGUCCCAUUAAUGCAUGUUACUAACUUCACUUCUUCCUAGGAGUUCUUGAGCUUUCUCAUCUCGCAGGUUCUUAUCGAUCCUGGUGGAGUCUUCUGCCAUGGUCCUGCUAGAUUGCCAGUACCAAUACUGUUGUUGCUGUGCACCUGUCUGUCUGUCUGUCUCUCUCUCUCUGUCUUUGUCUGUCUGUCUCUCUCUCUCUCUCUCUCUCUCUCUCUCCCUCUCUCCCUCACCCCAACUGGUCGAGGCAGACGACCAUCCAUCUAGAGCCUUUUAACAGGCAGUUUUUCCUUGCCCUUGUCGCCAAGUGCUUGCUCAUGGUGGUACUGUUGGGUCUCUCUAAAUAAUGUGAUAAGGAGUUCGGUCUAGACCUGCUCUAUUUGAAAAGUGUCCUGAGAUAACUUCUGUUAUGAAUUGGCGCUAUACAAAUAAAAUUGAAUUGAAUUGAAUUGAAUUGAAUUAUAUAUGUAAUUAUCCUUAAUUAAUUUAUGCAAAUUCAAUAAACAGUAAAGUAAUUCACAAAAUAAAUCUCAUCUUACAUUCUUCCCUCUCUUCAGAUGAAAUGUCCUCAUUUCAAAAGUUAUGAAAAAUAAAAGUCAUCUCACACUAUUUUGAGAGGAAAUGAUUUUAAAUGUAUUUUGUGAAACUUUAUUUAUUGUUCAGGUGUACAGUGAUUUAAAAUAAAACUCCAUUUUGUAUUUAUUAAAGGAUCAAGCUUAAAUGCUGCGACGCUAAUUAAAGAACCUCCUUCACACCUUAACCUGCUGCCCCUGCUGCUCAGUUUGACCAUUUAUCGUUUACACGCUAAUCGGCAUCACAACAGCUAAUGGGUGAGACACGAUCCUGAGCAUGCAACAAGACACUGAACGGAAUAAUGAACUUCAGAUGUUUCUGUUUAUAUGAAAUGCUAAUCUUGUUGUGCUCAUUAAUAGUUUUAAAUCACAGCAGGAGGAUAAUUCCCAUGACCUUGAGGUUGUCAUGAUGCUUGCACAGUUGCCUUCAUGAGUGAAGUCAAAGAUAUAGCUAUGUCCUGCAGUGAUGAACGCUGAAUUGUGCAUGAUCCUCCUGAAAUGUACUUAAUCAGUGCGCUUAUUGCUGUAAAUCUAAUUAGCUGUCCACAAGUUUAUUAGUUGUUCAUGGCGUGCCAUUUUUAGUGUGCGCCCUCUGAGAUUAGUCAGAAAAGUUAUUCCAAAUAAGUGUGGCGCAGUCUUGAAUACAGAAAAAGGCAUCUUCUGCUGUCUGUGCUGUUGUCUUGUGUAGAUUUGUUAGAUGGCACACAUCUGAUGCAGAGCCACAUCUGCCGCGACCUCUCUUGCGCACGCCGCGCGCACGGUGGCCUUCGGACGCGUGUGCGUGUGGAGAAAAGAGCGGCACGACACUGACGUCAGAUACGGGUGUCAAUCGCUUUGUCGGGCCAUGUCCAUCUGCUUAUAAGUGAGGGAUCGACCAGGAAACCAGUCAGACAUCCAACCCAGGCGGAGGACAUUACAGGAGCUCAUCCAAAACCAGCAGUGAUGCCUCACUCCAUGUUCCCCCUGUGCGCCCUGGGACUCCUCGCCCUCUCCUCCGCCUGCUACAUCCAGAACUGCCCCCGAGGAGGCAAACGAGCGCUGCCGGAGACUGGGAUCAGACAGUGCAUGUCUUGUGGCCCCAGAGACAGGGGCCGCUGCUUCGGCCCCAGUAUCUGCUGCGGGGAGGGCCUCGGCUGCCUGCUGGGCUCCCCAGAAACAGCCCACUGUGUGGAGGAGAACUACCUGCUCACUCCCUGCCAGGCGGGAGGGAGACCCUGUGGAUCUGAGGGAGGACGCUGCGCUGCUUCAGGGCUCUGCUGUAACUCAGAGAGCUGUGCGGUUGACUCUGACUGCCUGGGAGAGGCCGAAGUCUCAGAUCCAGCAGACAGCUCUGCAGGGAGCUCGCCCGCAGAGCUGCUGCUCCGCUUGCUGCAUGUGGCCACCAGAGGACAGACUGAGUACUGAUACUGUUCGGAGCUUCCUCUGCUUCUCAGGGCCUGGAGGUGCAGAAUGAAGACCAUCGCCGUUCCACUAAAAGCCUUUCGCAAUUUAAACCCUUAACCAAUAAAGUGCCAAGUCAAACUUUGUUCUCUCUUAA